CCCCCCCCCAGCGCCGUCACCCACCACCUUCCACCGCCCACGAGUUAUUCAUGUCGUCGCCACUCCUUGACGUCUGGGAGGCUGCUGCUGCCUCGCCGUACAGGCCUUCUAUCGGAAAAGGCUCGCAAUUCACUGUCGGCUUCGUGCUGCUGUUGCUCUCACUCUUUCUCGCCGGCAUCUUUGGUCUAAACCGAUCCUUCGCUAACCUCUCCGUUCUCGGCAUCCCAGCUUCGUUAGCAUUCGGAUUCGGGGCUGUAUACAUGAUUUGCGCGGUCGGAGUCUACGUCUAGUUUCCUAUCCACACCGUCCAGCUGGCGUUCGGGUCUUCUGUAGUCUACUGGGAAUGAAAUAAAAGUUCAAGAGAUACCACACUAGCCACACUAGCCACACUUCCUCCACUUCCUCAUCCUCUCCUACAUCACCAAUUGCUCUGUCGAAGACGCUGUCACAUACUCACCCACCAGCCGCCACAAUGGAGGACGACGAUGAGCUUCCAAUCCUCACCGUAGUCUCUAGUUCCGCUCGCCAGCUCUACCUCCUCCUCCGCUGCGUCAAUUUCUCCGAGAAAGCCCAUGUCCAGAUCAGCGACGAAGGCCUCAAA